AUGCCCCACAAGGAGAGUUCCAUUCGGCGAGACCCUGGCAAUGUACAGGCCUGGCUGAUUGGCGGCGGCAUCGCGUCGCUCGCAGCCGCUGUUCACUUGAUCAAAGAUGCCAAGGUUCCAGGGAAAAAUAUCCAUCUACUUGACGAGCAUAAACACGCUGGCGGGGCGAUGCAGAGCUCCGGGGAUGCAGAAAAUGGCUAUGUGCUACGUACUGCCUGUCUUCCAUAUUUCCAUGAUACCUGUGUCCAGGACCUUCUAUCCUACGUGCCUGAUCCCGGAAACCCUGAUCAAUCCAUCAUGGAUACAGUGCGAGCCUCUGAGAAGGCGGAGCAAUCUAAGCCCGCCCCCUCAACUCGGCUCCUAGAACAUCCUGGGAAGGGCCCCGACAAGGUCGAUGAACGACAGUUCCAUUUGGGUAUGAAACACCGAUGGGAUCUCAUAAAGCUUAUGGUUGAAGGUGAGAAAGCGGUCGCCGACAAGACUAUCAAAGACGUUUUCGAUGAGUCCUUCUUUAACUCAAAGUUCUGGACGCUGUGGUCUACGACCUUCGCACUGAAACCCGAACAUGGAGCCGUUGAGUUCCAGAGGCACAUACGCAAAUACCUUGAAAAGAUCAAAGACUUCAAUAAUGUCAGCGCUUUGGACCGCUCCCAGUACACUCUCCAUGAAUCCGUCAUUCUGCCUCUAGUUGCAUAUCUCGAGAAGGAGGGCGUUGACCUCCGCUUCAACGCUAAAGUGACUGAUCUGGUCAUGUACCCGGAGGGCGACCCCACGACUAUUUCCGAAAUCAAACUCGUACACGAUGACAACAGCCCGUCGCUUGUGACUAUUGAUCCCAUGGACAUUGUCAUCGUUACGCUCGGCUCCAUCAGUUCGGGAUCAGUGGUCGGAUCCAAUAAUGCACCACCCACAUGGGAGACAUCUCCAGAGCUUACAGUCAUGGAGGACUGGUCCUUGUGGAACAAGGUUUCUGCAAUGUCCACCAGAAAAUUCGGUGAUCCCGAGCCCUUCCGGUCUGAUAUUAAAGAUUCCAAGGUCGAAACAUUCACGAUCACCUUGAAAGAUUCCCCAUUCCUCGAUGUCUACCAAGACAUAACGCAUAACCGACCCGGCUCAGCUGCCUUGGUAUCAUUCGUCGGCAGCAACUGGAACCUGAGUCUCAGCGUGCCUAGUCAGCCCGUCUUCGCUAACCAGCCGGAAAACGUUCACGUUGUUUGGGGAUACGGCACGGAGCCUGAGAAGCCGGGCAAUUUCGUGCAGAAGCCGAUGCAGGACUGCAGCGGGGCGGAGAUCCUGACAGAGCUGCUUUGCCACUUGGGCAACCCUCCGGAAAACAUUCGCCCUACCGCCACUACUAUCCCCUGCAUCUUCCCAAUGGCCACGGCCUCAUUGCUGAAACGAUCUCACUUUGACCGUCCCGAGGUAAUUCCCCAUAAUACGACGAACAUGGCCUUCGUGGGUCAGUUUGUGGAGAUCCCGCACGAUACGACUUUCAGCAUGGAAUAUAGUGUGCGUGGCGCUCAGAUGGCGGUUUAUCAUCUGAUGGGGCUUUCAAAGCGUACCCCGCCGGUGAAGACUAACGUGCUGUUGGAGGUGUUUGGAUUGCUAGCUUAA